AUGGGUGAUUCAAUGGCGACUCCCAGACACAAUUUCACCACUGGCUCACACUUACAACCCAAGGAUCAACUGUUAUCAUCGUCGCCUGGCUUUGGUACACCAGCUUACCCCAUAGUGGAGCGACAAAAAGCUGUGCCCAGACAACCGUUUGCGCAAACUUCAACUGCUAGCAAUGUCCACACAGUGCUUCCAAUAAUACUGCCACCACAGACUCUGCGGCCAGUGGCAUUCCGGACAUUAACAAAGAAACACAGCCUGACACUAACAUCCUCUGGACUAGGAGUGCUAUCAACCUUUGUUGGCAAAUUCUGUGGAAGUGGCUGGCGAGAAGAUGGACUGGCUGAGCGCUUGCUUGAUGAAAUUGCCAAGUCAUGGAAGCGCAAUGGAGGAGGUUUGAUCGUCGAGGAUGGGCCCGACAAGAAACUGUCCAACAUAUUGAAAACACUCGAGCCUUGCAUGUCUGGAGGCAGAGUGGACACGGGGAAACUAUCACGCCAAAACAGUUCGAUGGGCUCCUUAUCCCGCUCCAGCUCUCUCGGAGGCCGUCCAGAAGUCAGCAAGGACGACAGUCAGACAAGUCUUGGGCUAUCAACAUUGGAUGUAGACGACAAUGGAGAAUUGGGAGGAGAGCCUGAGAGCAGCCAGGCAGACCCGCGGCAGUACCUGAAGAUAGUAUCAGCAUUCAGCCAGCCCCGAUUUGCCUAUUCAACAACCAAGAAGGCGCUGGAACUACUAUCUGGACCAGCCUCGUUACUGCCACCAAUACAACACAAGAUAUCUAUGUUCAGAAACCGCUACCACCUCGUGCACCAACGGCUGCUAAGGAACGAUUCGUUUCAAACACCAGCAUUCUCCACGGGAAACCAUUCUCGUUCACUUGGACGCUCCGGAAGCAGCGCGGUGACUAUGCAACAAGCAUAUAAGAUAACACCAAUCUCGAACCUUCUCGGCCGCUCUGGCUCUUCUCGCCUCUUACUCGGAAUGCUCGUCCACUCAGCAGCAGGUGACCUCGUCCUGACAGAUCUAAGCGGCAGUGUCGUUUUAGAUUUAAGUAAUACACGAGCCAUCCCCGAAGACGGAGCAUGGUUCUGCCCGGGUAUGAUUGUGCUCGUCGAGGGAACCUAUGAAGAGGACGGCACAAACAACUCCAACCUCGGCGUCGCCGCAGGGGUUGGCGGUCAGAUCAAGGGCCAGUUUGUUGCAGAAACGAUGACAGGUCCUCCGGCGGAAAGGCGCAAUGUCACCGUGGGUAUCUCACAGGGCCCCGACCCCGACAGCGACCCCAACAACAAUGCGCAUACAAGCGUUGGCUCCGGCUUUGGCUGGAUCGAUUUCUUGGGCGUUGGCAGUGAGAAAGCAAGUGGAUCACAGAUGAGACGAGUGCAAAGGCGAGUAUUCGGCCCUCAGCCCCAGUCACAAAUAGCCACAGCACCCCCCACGAGCGAUGGCAUAGCAUCGCCUCACCAAGAAGACGACCCGCAUCCUGGCCGCACAAAGAUGGCCAUCCUAGGUGAAUGCAACUUGGACAGCCCGCGUACGUUGGAGGCUAUCCGGGCUAUCAUCGCAUCGUACGCUAACGCCAGCGCCGACCAAGCCGACUAUCCACUAUCAAUCGUGAUGAUGGGCAAUUUUGUUUCAGCAGCGAGCAUGGCGGGCUCGACCAAGGGCGGCGGAAGCGUCGAGUACAAAGAGCACUUCGACGCACUGGCAUCCAUCUUUUCGGAAUUUCCCAGCCUCAUAUCUACCACGACAUUCGUCUUCGUGCCGGGCGACAACGAUCCUUGGGCCAGUUCCUUCUCAGCAGGCGGUGCAUGUGUGAUCCCACGGCAGGGGGUGCCGGACCUCUUCACGAGCAGGAUUCGACGGGCGUUUGUAACUGCCAACACAGAAACAGCAAGGAAAGCCAAGAGCGACCCCGUACCAGGGGAAGCGGUAUGGGCCAGUAACCCUGCGAGAAUAAGCCUUUUCGGCCCCUUGGAAGAGAUAGUCUUGUUCCGAGAUGAUAUCACGAGUCGGUUUAGAAGAAACGCGGUUACGUUUUCGACGCCGGAGGGAGAAGACGUAGAAGAUCCUACGGCUCCCAGUCAACGACCAGAGCCCAUAGAUCUAGAGGACCCAAUUGGCGCGGAACGGAAUGCCACAGCGUUAGACAGCAUGGUGCACGAAGCCACAUCUCACGUCCCAUCCACCAACAACCGAGCCCAAACGGCCAAGCGGAGAGGGCCAGCAAGCAGCAGAGCGGGCCAAGGCGCCGCCUCGCUGCCCUCAGCGCGCAAGCUGAUCAAAACAGUGCUCGACCAAUCGCACCUCUCGCCAUUCGCGUACUCGAUCCGACCGGUGUUCUGGGACCACGCUGGCGCACUGUCGCUGUACCCGCUGCCAACGGCGCUGGUGCUGGCGGAUGCCGAGACGCCGCAAUUCGCAAUCACGUACGAGGGCUGCCACGUGAUGAACCCCGGGCGCGUGGUAGAUGAGCUCGGCGCGCGUAGGGGCCAUGCCCGGUGGAUCGAGUUCGAUGUCAAGGCUGGGAGGGGUGAGACCAGGGAGGUCCGGUUCUGA